AUGAACCCCGCCCUCCAUCUGUACAGAAUCUUCUUAAUUGACAUCUGGGUUCUAGGCGCAAUGGUCGAAGAAGCAAAAAAGAGAUGCGAGGCUGUGAUGAGUACGCUAGAAACCUUAUCCUUGAAUCCAUCCUGCAAGCAUACUCUCCUCAGAUUGAUCCAAUCAGAGCUCUCUUUCCUCUCUCGCGUUUCAUCAAAUGACUUCACUCCAAAUUCCGACCCCUCAAUUUCUGUCAACAUCGGCCAUUUUGAAGCAGUAGUUCACGUCCUUCAACAUCCAGACAUAUCUGGCGUGACACGUGUCUGCAAAACAAUCAAAUUCCAACCCACAAGACACAACGAGCUUCAUAAAGGUGCGCAUGUUGAUAUAGUUUGCACUUUCAAUGGAAACCCAGUUUGGUUUAUUGUAUCCGAUAGGAACCCAAAGUAUAUAUCAUGGAACACCCAUCAAGAAUCUUUAAAAAACAAAGGUUUACAGGCUAAAAUCCAUCUUCUUCUUGAAGCAGCUCACACCUCUGUUGCAUUAAAACCUACUUCCAUAAUCUUUUUCUUCUCAAACGGGCUAGACAGAUUCACACUCGAUAAUUUUCUUAACGAAUUUCAACCCGUUGACAUCGGAUCAACAUUUUCGAAUUUUGACAUUAAUUUCUCCAAAGAACUAGAAGAUGGAUGGAUAGAUGUUCUUCCAAGAUCAUAUCAGCAUGCAUCUGUUCUUGAAAUAAAGCUCGAUUCUCCACCUGUCAUAAAGGAGCCUUUUGUAACCAACCCUUUGGUAAAACCUACUAAUGUCAAAUUUGAAGGCUCUUUUGGCAAUCUUGUUUCACAAAUGAGUUCACCAGAUAAUGAAAAUUACAUAAACUUUGAUACAACAGCUUUGAUUGCUAUUGUAUCGGGUAUCAGCAAUGGUGGAACACAAAAGCUUUUGGAUACACCUGAAGCGGAGUUAAGAUCCCGGUUUAAAGGGAACACGGAGUUUGUGAUCUCCCAGGUUAUGUCUGAGAUUAAGGAUCCGAUACAUGUGGAUAUAGGGAAGGUUAUGUUUGGGAGAAAAGGUAUUGUAUGCGAGAGUGUUUUUGAGGAGUUUAAGGAUUUGGUUUUGAUGUGUGGAGGGGUUAAUGAGAAGUUAAGGGCAGGUGAGUUGGUGAAACAUGUGGUGGUUGUUAAAGAUAGUCCUUCAACACGAAUGAUGAGUCUUCCAACCACUAGAAAACUUGCAUUGAAGAAUAAGAUUGUUUUUGGGACAGGAGAUUAUUGGCAUUCUCCAACAUUAACUGCUAACAUGGGAUUUGUUAGAGCUGUUUCACAAACAGGAAUGUCUCUUUUUACCUUUGAGCAUAGACCACGUGCUCUCACAGUCCCUUUCCAACUUUUAUAUCCACUGUUUUGCUUUAAGCUAGACAUUUCAUCGAUAUCUGCAAUGGAGCAACUUGAGCACUUCAGUCACAAUCAUCCACUCAACCUUGUCCAACUACAAACAAACCACAAUGAAGAGGAAGAUGUAGAUGACUUUGUGGUUGAAGACCACCAUGUUGGCCAAUGCAACAUGUGUGAGGAUGACAAUCCUAAUCUUCUCUGUUGUCCAUUUCCUGAUGAAAGUUACAAUCUUCUCACGCACCAUUUUAUCAAUAAUGAGAAGGACUUUGUAGUACUUGAUGAAAACCAUGGUGAACCGCUUAAAUAUCUUACUCACAAUCACCCACUGGUUCUUGUAGACAAGCAAACAUCACUGAAUAAGAAUUCGAUUUUACUUCACAACCCCUUGAAGAAAAUUCAACUAUUAUGUGAUGGAUGUGUGAAACCAAUCACAGAAAUACCAUUUUACAAGUAUUUAAAAGACGUUCAUCUAGAUUGUGGGUUUGUUCUUCAUGAGUGGUGUGCUAGGCUACCCCCUAAAAUAGAAGACCACCCUGGGCAUCCAAACCAUACACUUUCUCUCAUGCCAGACAUUACUACUGAAAUGUUUCGUGUUUUUGGGUGUAAAAUUUGCAUGUUACUACGUUGAUGGUAUCGUCUCAUCUCGUUUUACUGUGAAAGUGAAUAAAGGUGCAGCCUUUUUUUUUUGCGUCCUUCUGUCCCCUGUUUUAAUUCAUAAAACCUGCAUAUAUACUACUUUUAGCCUCCCCUGUAAUACCAACAUAUGCAUAUAAUGCUCUCCCUUCAUGUAAAGAUUAAAAAAAAAGUCGUUUGGUUUGGGCUUGGUGUAUGUAGCCAUACUCUUUACUUUUGUUAUUUAUAUCGUCAAUCAUUUUUAACUAGCUUCGGA